CAGCAGCUUUAUUAAUAUACAAAACCCAUCACCCUCUCUAUACCGAUCCAUUUCCUUCGAAGACAUCAUUUUCUGUUGUUUUCCUUCAUUCCUUUUGUGUCAGGUCGAUAGAGAAAUUAAGUGAGAUGGAGCUGUUUCUUAUAUUUAAAGUUUUUAAUUUGACUAUAGUUAGUAUUUUUAUCUGCUUGCUAUUUAAAGUAUUGAUUUCUUUCUGGAUUUCGCCUGUUAUGACAUAUAUGAAGCUUAAAAGAAAUGGGUUUGGAGGUCCAACUCCAAAAUUCCCUCUUGGAAAUAUUAAGGAGAUUAAAAAGAUCAGUACAACCACAAAUAGUACUUCUUCUUCUGGAUUCUUAAACUUCUCCAAUGAUAUUCACUCUACUGUUUUUCCUUACUUCGCCCAAUGGCAAAAAUCUCAUGGAAAAGUGUUCAUAUACUGGUUAGGUACAGAGCCAUUUUUAUAUAUAGCAGAGCCAGAAUUCCUUAAAACAAUGUCUACAGGAGUGAUGGGGAAGAGCUGGGGAAAGCCUGAUGUGUUUAAGCAUGAUAGGAAGCCUAUGUUUGGUAAUGGUUUGGUUAUGGUUGAAGGUGAUGAUUGGGUUCGUCACCGCCACGUUAUAACUCCUGCACUCUCUCCGGCCAACUUGAAGGCUAUGGCAAGCUUAAUGGUGGAGUCCACCACUAAUAUGCUAGACAAGUGGGGAGCCUUAGUAAAUUCUGGCUACAAAGAAAUUGACGUCGAGAGAGAAAUGAUUACAACAGCAGGAGAAAUCAUAGCCAAGACAAGUUUUGGAAUAGGCUAUGAAGAUGGAAAACAAGUGUUAGAAAAAUUAAGGGCAAUGCAAUAUACUCUCUUCAAAACUAACCGUUACGUAGGAGUACCCUUUAGCAAGUUCUUUUGCCCAAAGCAAACCCUAGAAGCUAAAAAUCUUGGAAAAGAAAUAGAUGAUCUUCUUUUAUCAAUUAUUGCAGAUCGCAAAAAGUCUAGUAAUGGCGGAUAUCUUCAAAAAAAUUUAUUAGGGUUAUUGCUAGAAGAGAAUCAUGAAGAUGGACGGUUAGGGAAGACAUUGACAAGUCGAGAGUUAGUAGAUGAGUGCAAAACUUUCUUUUUCGGUGGGCAUGAGACUACAGCAUUAGCAUUAUCAUGGACUUUGCUACUUUUAGCAAUACAUCCAGAAUGGCAGAACAGAUUAAGAGAAGAGAUUAAAGAAGUUAUAGGAGAUAAAGAGAUUGAUUUCUCUAUGCUCUCUGGACUUAAGAAGAUGGGAUGGGUUUGGAAUGAAGUUUUGAGGCUUUACUCGCCAGCACCAAAUGUACAAAGGCAGACAAGAGAGGAUAUUACUGUAAAUAAGCUCACAAUCCCUAAAGGAACAAAUGUUUGGAUUGACGUUGUUGGUAUGCACCAUGACCCUAAUCUAUGGGGAGAAGAUGUGUAUGAGUUCAAACCAGAGAGGUUCAAAGAAGACUUGUAUGGUGGGUGCAAACACAAAAUGGGGUUUUUGCCUUUUGGGUUUGGAGGAAGAAUGUGUGUAGGUAGGAAUUUAGCUAUGAUGGAGUAUAGAGUUGUUUUAUCCUUGAUGCUUACUAGGUUUUCUUUUUCUGUCUCUCCAACUUAUUCUCAUUCCCCUUCUAUUAUGCUUUCCUUAAGACCUAGUUUAGGGCUACCUCUUAUUAUUCAACCCCUCUGUGAUUAGGGCUUAGGAUUUCUAACUUGAGAACAGUCUCCUGUAACUUCAUCAGGUCUAGUGUUUGUUUCAUGUGUUGUCUGAGUCCAAUAUGGAAAAUAAUAGAAAGCAUACUUCUUUUUUUUUUCUUUCAGUCUUCAAAAUCAUUCAAGCUGUUCUUAUUGACUGCCUUUUUAUACUACAAAUGAAUCAAAUUGAUGAAAAUUAAGAAAGGGAAGGACUCUUCCUUUUAUUUACUUCAAACCUAACCAACCUGAAAAAAUAGAAGAAAU